AUGAACCGCGAGGCGCGGCACAUGGAGCGGGAGCACACCGGCGAGCUGCAGGCCGUGUACAUUACAAACAAUGGCUCCAUAGAGAAUGGCAGACUGCUGAUUGGCUUGAAGAACGUGUUCAGCAAGUGCCUACCCAACAUGCCCAAGGAAUACAUAUGCCGCCUCAUCUUUGAGCGCCGCCACAAGUCUGUGGUGAUCGUGAGAAACGGCAGCCAAGUCAUUGGCGGCAUCACCUACCGCACUUUUCCGGGCACACCCGCCGCCAGGCUGGGCGAAAUUGCGUUCUGUGCAGUGGCGCAGACGCUGCAGGUCACAGGCUGCGGCACGCGGCUCAUGAACUGGACCAAGCACUAUGCACGGGAGAUGGAUGGGUUGGAGUACUUUCUGACCUAUGCCGAUAACAACGCUGUGGGCUACUUCUCCAAGCAGUCCUUCACCAAGACGGUGACACAAGAGAAGGAUAAGUGGUUUGGGUUCAUCAAGGAUUAUGACGGUGGCACGCUCAUGGAGUGCCGCAUCCACCCGACGCUGCCCUACGCCUCCUUCCCAGAGAUGUUGGCGAAGCAGCGGGCGGCGCUGGAGGGCGAGGUCAAGCGCUACACUACCGGGCAUGUGGUGCACCCGGGGCUGCCGCACUGGAAGGAGGGUGGUGGGCCGAUGCCGGUUGGGGACAUCCCAGGUGUGGUGGAGGCGGGGUGGAGCCAUGCGGCAGGCAUGCUGUACAAGGAGUAUCAGAUUGCCAUGAACGGCCAGAUUUUGGACCCUACCGAGGACAACCUGUUUGAGUUCAUGACCAUGCUGCUGAAGAAGGCGCAGAAGCAUGCCGAUGCGGGCCCCUUUCAGCGCCCCGUAUCGGCCAUGGACGUGCCCGAUUACUACUCCAUCAUCAUUGACCCCAUGGACUUGGGCACCAUGGAGGAGCGGCUGAAUUCGAGACGCUAUUACAUCACGCUCAACAUGUUUGCCGCCGACUUCUACAAAAUGGUCAAGAACUGCCAGCUGUACAAUGGCGCCACAAACCCUUACUUCCUGGCCGCCAAGCGCAUAUAUGAGGUCUUCUGGUCGGUCAUGCGCAGCAGCAUCCUGCCCAACCUGGAGGCCGCAGGCAUCGUGGAGCCCAAGCUGUAG